AGACGGAGAAGCUGCAGCCACACCAAGUGUCCACCGAAUGUCUGCCUCAGCACGCUGCCAAUGAACAAUCCUCGCAUUCCUAUGUCUGCCACCUGACACUCUGAACGUUACGGACCAGGCUUCCACCUCUGCUCGGAUUCAGGAGUCCUACCGCGGGCUGCCCGUUUUUUUUUUCAGGAGCACCUGACAUUUCCUGUGGCAGAUUAACUCGCUGGAUCAUGGCACAGACCAACAGUGGCGGGCAGGGCACCAACGGGGUAGCGGACGAGUCCCCCAACAUGAUAGUGUACAGAAAGAUGGAGGAGGUAAUAGCCCGCAUGCAGGAUGAGAAAAAUGGCAUCCCCAUCCGAACAGUGAAAAGUUUCCUAACCAAGAUCCCCAGUGUUUUUUCAGGUUCUGAUAUCGUACAGUGGAUGAUCAAGAAUCUGGACAUUGAAGAUCAAGUGGAGGCUCUUCACCUAGGGACUCUGAUGGCUGCACAUGGUUACUUCUUCCCAAUCUCAGACCACGUCCUCACUCUCAAAGACGAUGGUACUUUCUAUAGGUUUCAGACUCCGUACUUUUGGCCAUCAAACUGCUGGGAACCAGAAAACACAGACUAUGCUGUUUACCUCUGCAAAAGAACAAUGCAAAAUAAAGCACGUCUGGAGCUGGCAGACUAUGAAGCGGAGAGCUUAGCGAGGCUACAGAGAGCUUUUGCCAGGAAGUGGGAGUUUAUUUUUAUGCAAGCAGAAGCACAAGCAAAAGUUGACAAGAAAAGAGACAAAAUUGAGAGGAAAAUUCUCGACAGUCAGGAAAGAGCAUUCUGGGACGUGCACAGACCAGUGCCAGGAUGCGUGAACACAACAGAAGUCGACAUAAAGAAGUCAUCUAGAAUGAAAAACCCUCACAAAACCAGAAAGUCUGUCUAUGGGCUGCAGAAUGAUAUCCGCACCCACAGCCCGACCCACACCCCCGCUCCAGAGGCCAAGCAGCCUACAGAAGAAGAACUGCAGGAACAGAUCACCUUUUGGCAAUUGCAAUUAGACAGGCAUCGACUGAAAAUGUCCAAAGUGGCAGAGAGUUUACUGGGCUACACAGAGCAGUACGUUGAAUACGACCCCUUCCUCACGCCUCCAGACCCAUCCAACCCCUGGAUCUCAGAUGACACCACACUGUGGGAGCUGGAGGCCAGUAAGGAGCCGGGCCAACAGAGGGUAAAGAGGUGGGCAUUUGGUAUUGAUGAAGUUCUUAAAGAUCCUGUGGGGAGAGAGCAGUUCCUUAAGUUCCUGGAGUCUGAGUUCAGCUCAGAGAAUCUCAGGUUUUGGCUAGCGGUCCAAGAGCUAAAGAAGCGUCCUAUCAGAGAAGUUCCCACUCGGGUUCAGGAAAUCUGGCAGGAGUUUCUGGCCCCCGGAGCACCCAGUGCCAUCAACGUGGACUCUAAGAGCUACGACAAAACCACCCAGAAUGUCAAAGAUCCUGGACGCUACGCCUUUGAGGAUGCACAGGAACACAUCUACAAGUUGAUGAAGAGUGAUUCUUACAGCCGUUUCAUCCGCUCCAGUGCCUACCAGGAGUUAUUACAGGCCAAGAAGAAGAAAAGUAAGAACUUGUUCUGAAGGCUCUUGUUUCAAGCGCAGGGGAAACCACUAGCAUCCAAGAGGCUGACCAGUUGUGUGCCAUCAUGCUAAAAUCAAUGCCAUCUCUCUCUCUCUGGGACAUGGAGAGAGAGACCAUCUCAUCUCUUCGUCAUCAUUGUCUGUCCACGCGCUCUCGGCUCAACCAGCCAAUGAGCGGUGGCCAUCUGUUUCGUCUGUUGUCCACAGGAUGUUGCAUGUCCAUGGAGAGGAUAUUCCUUCUUCUCUCUCCUCUUACAGUACCUGAUAUAUUUCCAGUAUUCUCCAAAAAACAAAAAGGCGCUGCUGCUGGACUUGUGAGGACACUGAAACAGACUGGCAAAAUACUUCUGUCCAUCGUAAAUGCUGGAUCGGAGCCAAAAUCUCUCACUUCCAGCUCAAACAAAUGAUGUCAGAGAGAAAAAAAAGAGAAAAAACAAAGAAAAAAACAUACAAAACAACAACUUCAACUGAUAAAUCUAACCAGUGUCAUCGCUUUACUGAGGUCCAAGGUCACAGAUACUUUGUCACGCUAUGGGAAGUGUUGUGCAGAAUGAAUAUACAAUAUAUAUACAUAUAUAUAUUAUGAUUAUUAUUAUGAUUAUUUAUUGUGCACUUACUUUGCUUUGCAUUAUUUUAUGACACUAAAAUAAUUAGCACAUAUGGUUUUCAUUGCACUUGUAAAGUCACAAUUCAGAAUGACAAAAAUGCCGUCUCCUGUCUUAUGUAGAACAUAAUUCUUUGUUAUUCUCUCCUGCAUUUAUUUUUAUACCAUAUUUAAAGACACUUUUACUUACUUGUAUUAUUAAA